CGGAUCACCGAUCCACGGAAAGAGCCGAAGAUGUCAGCUCGGUCAUGUGAUCAGCUGUGUCCAAUCACAGCUGAUCACAUUGCCACCUGUCAGUGUCCAUCAAUGCCUUGUGUCAGUGCUCAUCAGUGCCACGUGCUAGUGCCCAUCAGUGCCACAUCAAUGCCACAUAUCAGUGCCUAUCAGUGCACAUCAAUGCCACAUAUCAGUGCCCAUCUGAGCUGCCUUUCAGUGUCACCCAUCAGUGCCAGUCAGUGCCACCUAUCAAUGCCAAUCAGUGCCACCUAUCAGUGCUGCCAAUCAAUGCCACCUAUCAGUCUGCAUCAGUGCCGCCUAUCAGUGCGCAUCAGUGCCAGUCAGUUCCGCCUACCAGUGCCAGUCAGUGCCGCCUAACAGUGCCACCUACCAGUGCCAGUCAGUGCCACCUAACUGCCAUAUAUCAGUGCUUCCUUUCAGUGCCCAUCAGUGAUGCCUGUCAAUGCCCAUCAGUGCCACCUACCAGUGCCUCCUCAUCAGUGCCCAUCAGUGCCACCUAUCAGUGUCCAUCAGUGCAGUCUAUAAGUGCCCAUCACUGCAGCCUCAUUAGCGCACAUCAGUGAAGGAGAAAAAUCACUUAUUUACAAAAUUUUAUAACAAAAACUAAGAAAAAACUUUUUUUUUCAAUAUUUUCAGUGGUUUUUGGUUUGUUUAAGAAAAAAAUAA